ACUUCAAGACCGUGGCAAAAAAUAGUAUUUUACUCGACGAUUUCUCACCUGUCGUUUUUUUUUUUGGUUUUUUGCGAUUGUUUAUUUUGUUUUGCGACGCCAUUUAUUAUUCCGUCGCAAAAACUUUUGUUUUUGCUUUCCGCACCUUCCUCUUUGCCCUAUCUUCCAUACCCUUUCAAUAUCCUCUUCUCAGAUUAACCAAAAAGAGGGAAAAAAAAACCGUCUAUCUUCUCCAGUCGCCAUUCUCUAUCUAACUAGAGCUCCCGGUCGUCACAACCCCAACAGUACUAGCGUGGGAUGAGGUAACCCUCCUCUCCUCUCCUUUUCUUUCCUCUCACACGCGCUCGCACAGACCCUCAGAAUCUCUCGCUCUCGCGUUAGGCUCACAGACUAUCUUUAGCAGUGGCGGCAGCGACUUUCCACGGGUUCUCUCUCCGGCAUCCAGAUGUAACAGCUUUAAUAAAAGACCGUAUUCUAUCCUUUUACAAUUGUUUGAGGAAAAACUAACCGAAUAGUUACUAAAGCUAGACACAGCUUAGUUGGGCCAAUUGUAGAAGACUUGCAUAGUGCCUAUCUAGGCCUAUUCAAUUGAGGAAUAAAGGCUAUUUCUCAUGAAUGAUGGAAGACAACAUGUUGCUGUCCUCCUCAAGUCUUUUGUUGGCCUUGGAUUUCUGAUCUGAAAAGUGAAUGCAGCUAUGAUGAAUCAAGAGUUAAUAGAUAAUGGAAAUCGGACGAUGGAUGAGGCUGAUCAAGCCAUUGAUAGGUCAAAAAAGGUUGUCCAUGACACAGUUAACGUUGGAAUCGAUACUGCAGCAGCUCUGAAGGCGCAGACUGAACAAAUGAGUGGAAUUAUUAAUGAGUUGGACGCUAUCCAUUUCUCGAUCAAGAAGGCUUCUAAACUGGUGAAGGAAAUUGAUGCAACCCUUUUGAAUGCAACCUCUUUUAAGUACGUGAUGAUAUGUUUGCAUAUCGAUAUUGGAGCUUAUGUUGAUAUUAAAACAAACUAUGAUAUAUAAGUUUUUUUAUUUGUAUUGUCGAUACUUUUGUUUUGCUUUCGAUACAAAAAUUUAAGUUCUUGAAUAUAAAAAAUUAUUAGUAUUGUUGGAAGAUGUUUUA